AUGAGUCGUUUCUUUGCAACUGGCACAGACUCUGAGUCUGAAACUUCUUCAGAGGAGGAGCAUGUAGUACGAGCACCUGCGCCCGUUUACACGUUCAGCGAUGAUGAAGAGGAAACAAAGCGUGUUGUGCGGUCUAUGAAAGAAAAGAGAUAUGAAGAGUUGGAAGGAUUCAUUCAUUCAAUAAGAAAUCAUCGUAAGAUCAAAGAUUUCUCCUCUGCUUUGGCUUCAUUUGAGGAGUUACAAAGGGCAUACACCCGAGCUUCUUCUGUCAUUCAAAAGGAAGAAAAUGGAAUUGCACCACGAUUCUUCAUUCGAGCUCUGGUAGAGUUAGAAGACUGGGUUACAUCAGCCUGGAAUGAUCGUGAAAGCAGAAAGGCCAUGUCUAAAGGAAACAGCAAAGCUUUGACCUCCUUGAGACAGAAACUAAGAAAAUAUACUAAAGAGUUUGAUUCUGAAAUUGUAAAGUUUCGUGAGAAUCCUGAUCUUCCAGAUGAUGAUGAAGAGCGUAAGGAUGAACCAUCGUCUGAUGAGUCAGAUGAAGAAGAAAAAGUUAAAGAAAAGCCUAAAGUUCGUCGUUCACCAGAACCACAACGUCGGCCAGCUCCUCAAGAGGAUGAAUCCUCUGAUUCCAUGGAUUGGGGAUCCAGUUCCUCUGAGUCUAGUUCUAGUUCUGAUGACGAAACCCGAGGGGCUGCUACUCUUCGUGAGCGCUUUCUUAAGCGUGCAACAGAGAGGGAUGAUGAUGAAGAGGGAGACAGGCGCAGGGCCAGAAGAGAGAGACGUGAGAGGGUGGGCAAAGUGAGCAAGAAAGACCAGGUUGAUGAUGGUGGUGAAUGGGAGACAGUAAGAAAAGGUGCUGCUACUUCUGACAAACCAAAAAUGUUUGCUAAGGAUAGUGACAUUGAUGCUGCCCUUGUUGUAAAGAAACUGGGAGAGGUCAGUGCGGCUCGAGGCCGAAAACGCACAGACCGCCGUGCCCAACUAGAACUAUUACAUGAACUGCGCACUGUCGCUGCACAACACAAUCUUGGUGAUGCUCUUCAGUUAAAACUACGCGCAGCCACUGUUGCAGCACUCUUUGAUUACAACCCUAAGGUGUCUGAUGCUAUGAAACCUGAAUAUUGGUCACGGCUUGUUGAAAACGUGGAUCAUAUGGUAACUAUUCUCUUAGCUAAUGAGGACAUGGUGCUUAGUGAAACAAUCACAGACGAAACAGAGCAACUUGUAACUGCUCCAUUUCAAGUUAGAGGCAGCUUGCUAAUAGCGCUUGAGCGAUUAGAUGAUGAGUUCACUAAACUUUUGAAGGAAUGUGAUCCUCAUUCCAAUGAAUAUGUUGAGCGAUUAAAGGAUGAAGUGAGAGUCUCGGCUCUGAUUGACCGAGUCUGUCAAGUUGUGGAGCGUGAUGGCACCCCUCAAGAAAUAUGCCGUGCUUAUCUUCGUAAAAUUGAUCAUCUUUACUAUAAAUUCGACCCACGUGCCGUGAAGAAAGAUCAACCUCCUAGCGAGGAAACUUCUAUUAAGAAGAUGGAGAAAUUUUGCAAAUACAUCUAUGCAAACGACGAAUCUGAUCGUCUACGUACGCGUGCCAUCUUGUCGCACAUCUAUCAUCACGCUCUGCAUGAUAACUGGUUCCAAGCGCGUGAUCUCUUGCUGAUGUCUCAUUUACAAGAGAAUGUUCAGCAUUCCGAUCCCAGCACUCAGAUUUUGUACAACCGCACUAUGGCCAACCUAGGUCUGUGUGCAUUCCGUCGAGGAAAUGUAAAAGAAGCACAUGGUUGUCUAGCUGAGCUAAUGAUGACUGGAAAGCCUAAAGAACUGCUCGCUCAGGGUCUUUUGCCGCAGCGUCAGCAUGAGCGAUCUAAAGAGCAAGAAAAGAUUGAGAAGCAGCGCCAGAUGCCUUUCCAUAUGCAUAUAAACUUGGAGUUACUGGAAUGUGUGUAUCUGGUAUCUGCUAUGUUAAUAGAGAUACCGUAUAUGGCUGCACAUGAGUUUGAUGCCCGUCGUCGUAUGAUAAGUAAGACGUUUUACCAGAACUUGCGCGCGAGUGAGCGUCAGGCUCUUGUGGGUCCGCCCGAAUCGAUGCGAGAGCACGCGGUUGCGGCUGCUAGGGCCAUGAGACGCGGUGACUGGCGUGCAUGCCUUAACUUCAUCGUUAACGAGAAAAUGAAUGCCAAGGUAUGGGAUUUGAUGGUUGGCGCCGACAACGUCCGGGCUAUGCUUGGUCGUUUGAUCAGAGAGGAGUCACUCCGUACUUACUUAUUUACAUAUGCUCAUGUCUAUGCUUCACUAUCCCUUCGUUCUAUGGCCGACAUGUUCGAGAUGCCGCGUCAACGCGUGCAUUCGCUUGUCUCAAAGAUGAUUAUUAAUGAAGAAUUGUUAGCCUCACUUGAUGAUCCCAGUGAAUGUGCAAUCCUUCAUCGCUCGGAGCCCACUAGAAUGCAGGCGCUGGCGCUACAGUUGGCUGAUAAGGUGGGCAACUUGGUGGACUCAAACGAGCGUAUUUUCGAGAAGCAAGGGUCGUUCUUCCAGCGGGGUGGAGCCCCAAGGGGCGAAGGCCGACAACGCGACCGCCCCCGGGAAGGGUGGGGACGCCGGCAACGCAACCGCCGUCGGGACGACGACCGCACCCACGAAGAUUAA